AUGAUUGUGCAUGACUAUGACCCCAUGUGGCUACAAGCCGCCGUCGGCAUUUUCCUCUUUCAUUCCAUCUGCACAGCUUUCAUCUUCACCACGAACCCAUUUCAAUACAACCGUCCGCUGGAUCUCUCACUCAUCACUCACCACACUCCUCAAGACGCACAUCCGAACAUUGCAAUACUCCUGCGCAAGACAAGGCUUUUUCCAAAAACCACCUGCUCAGGCCCCGCCGCUUCCCAUCCAAAUUCCUCGUUACCCGAGCGCUUUAUCACUCAAGCCCUCGUCACUCAACCCAUCAUCCUCCACCACCACAAUCCCGUUUCUCCCAAACGAACUCCUAGAUCAGCUGUUUUCCAAGACCCCGCGCUCAACCACAUGGACAUCCUCGCCAUCCGCUCAAUAUGCCGCACCCUGCUACCCGUCCGCAACAAGAGAAUACACCCACCGCCGCUUCACAUCCUCCGCGGUACAGAGAUUAUCAUUGUUUUGGAACCUCAACAAUAA